CCGGCGGGGCGCAGCGGCGCUCACACGCCGGCUCCGCGCAGCCUCCCCCCGGCGGCCCGGGCACCUCCAUGGGAGGGGGCCGCGGGCUCUGCUGCCCCCCCGACCCCUCCCCUCCCCUCCGCCGCCCCCCGCUGCAGCCCGGCGCUCCGGAGAGGGAGGCGAGACGGCAGCAGCCUGGUCCCGCAGUGGGAAGAUGGAGAACAAGGCCAUGUAUCUUCACACCUUCAGUGAGAGGGAGAACAGCUCCAUCUUCGAGGAGCCCUUCGAGGGAAGGAACCUCUCCAAGCUGAACCUUUGUGAGGACGGUCCCGGCAGGAGGAUGAAAGCGGCCGGGCGCUGCGGCCGGCUGGGCUCCCUGGCAGCGCUGAAGUAUGCCGUGGUGGGGCUCUACCUCCUUGUCUUCCUCAUCCUCGUCGGAGUCUUCAUCCUCGCAGUCUCCAGACCACAGACUUCCCCUGAGGACCUGAAGGCACUGAUGGGGAACGUGAACCGCCUGAAUGAGAGUUUCCGGGACAUGCAGCUGAAGCUGCUGCACCUACCUCUGAAAGGGGAUGUGAUGGAUCACAUCUGGAGGCUCCAGGACCUCCUGCAGAACCACUCGGACUCCUUGUUCCUCAUGACGGGAUCACUGCAGAAGCUGGAAGGGCUUCUCUGGAGCCUGCAGACCCAGGCCAGCCAAACUGACAAGGCAGUGUCCAAUCUCUGGGACAGUCUGACUCAGCAGAGUGACACAGCUCAGCAGGAGAUAUACAAGCUCUCUGUGGAAGGCAACAGCAGUCGGCUGCUACUGCAGCACCACGACCACCUUCUGACCCACCUCAGCAGCAGGGUGGAGAGUCUGAGUGAUCAGGUGACAGUGGCAAGUGGGGCCGUGGACACCAUGAACAGGACCUUCUCCUAUGACGUGAACAUCCACCACACCCGCAUCCAGGACCUGCAGGUGCUGAUCAGCAACGCCACUGAAGAUGCCCGGCAGAUGCGUCUCAUCCAUAUAGCCAUGGAAGAGCAGCUGAAGCAUGAGCUGGCCAUCCUCAACAAUGUGACAGAGGACCUGCGGCUCAAGGACUGGGAACAUUCAGUUGCUCUAAAGAACAUCUCCGUGAUACAAGGGCCUCCGGGACCCAAAGGAGACCAAGGCAAUGAAGGAAUGGAAGGUGAACCUGGUCUUCCCGGCCUCCCUGGGCUGCGAGGGCUACCCGGGGAGAGAGGACCACCAGGACCACGUGGCUUGAAAGGGGACAAAGGAGAUCUUGGCCCUCCAGGUCCAGCAGGGUUGCGGGGAUUCAGAGGUGACCGAGGCCCGAAGGGCGAGAAGGGGGACCGCGGCGGCGACACGGCCACGGAGGAGGGGAUGAUCCGGCUGGUGAACGGCUCCGGCUCCCACGAGGGCCGGGUGGAAGUCUUCUACGACCGCCGCUGGGGCACGGUGUGCGACGACGGCUGGGACAAGAAGGACGGCGACGUGGUGUGCCGCAUGCUGGGCUUCCGCGGGGCCGAGGAGGUGUACCGCAUGGCGAGGUUCGGCCAAGGCACCGGCAGGAUCUGGAUGGACGACGUCUCCUGCAAGGGCACGGAGGAGAGCCUGCUGCACUGCAGCUUCUCCAGCUGGGGCAAGACGAACUGCGGCCACGCCGAGGACGCCAGCGUCAAGUGCCUGGCGCCGUGAGCCGGCGCAGCCGGGCGCCCGCGGAGGAGCCGGCGCCGCGGCCGGGCGCCCGCGGGGCUCCGGGGGUGGGCGAGAGGGCGGCGCGCGGGAACGCGGCGCGCGGGAACCCAGCCUUGCCCUGCUCGCCUCCCGCGCGGCUUUGCCCUCCUCCUCCCCAGCAUCGGGCCGACCCGGCGCGCACGGACGGACGGACGGACGGACGGACGGCCCCGUCGCCCCCCGCGCUGCCCAGCCAGCCGCUCCCGCCUGCGCUUCCUCAAAUCUUUUAUUAGAGAAAUAAAUAUCUUUUUAGGACCGUCGAGCGGGCGCCCGCGGAGCGCGUGCGGAGGACGCGCGCGGAGCCUGGCUCCCUCCCGGACGUCGGGAGACGAGGGACUCCUUCACCUGGGAGCGAACCAAGCCCGGAGGAGGCACCGGCCGCCGGUGCCGGCCGACUCUCCCGGCGCGCGGCGAGUUCGGGAAAACCGCCUGGUUUCUGUCCCGCUGGAAAGCCUGCGAUGUCGAAAUCUGGGUUUGUCCCAGCCUCGUGCGGAAAGGGGAAAACAUCUCAGGGUGUUCCCUGAAACCGAACACCCCGAGCUGCGACGCUCGCCUGUUUUUCGGCGCUAACGUUGCGAUGGGUGAUUAAGCCCCGUUACGGUCUCCCAGGGGCAGAUCCUGCCCUUAAAUCUGCUUUCGGUUACA